AUGCCCGGAGCCGCCGUCGCUGCCGCCGCCGCCGCCGCGAUGCUCCCGGCUCAGGAGGCUGCCAAGCUGUACCACACCAACUAUGUGCGGAACUCGCGGGCCAUCGGCGUGCUGUGGGCCAUCUUCACCAUCUGCUUUGCCAUCGUCAACGUGGUGUGCUUCAUCCAGCCCUACUGGAUUGGCGACGGCGUGGACACCCCGCAAGCCGGCUAUUUCGGGCUCUUCCACUACUGCAUCGGCAACGGCUUCUCCCGGGAGCUGACCUGCAGGGGCAGCUUCACGGACUUCUCCACGCUGCCCUCGGGCGCCUUCAAAGCCGCCUCCUUCUUCAUCGGCCUCUCCAUGAUGCUCAUCAUCGCCUGCAUCGUUUGCUUCACCCUCUUCUUCUUCUGCAACACGGCUACGGUGUACAAGAUCUGUGCCUGGAUGCAGCUCACCUCCGCUGCCUGCCUUGUGCUUGGCUGUAUGAUUUUCCCUGAUGGCUGGGAUUCAGAUGAAGUCAAACGGAUGUGUGGAGAAAAGACAGACAAGUACACUCUUGGGGCGUGUUCAGUCCGCUGGGCGUACAUCCUGGCCAUUAUUGGGAUUUUGGAUGCCCUGAUCCUCUCGUUUCUGGCAUUUGUGCUUGGUAACCGACAAGACAGCUUGAUGGCAGAGGAACUGAAGGCAGAAAAUAAAGGUAAGAUUGCUUUCGGGAACUCUUAUUGGGACACUUCAAGCACAUCAAAUACCAGUGCUUCCCAUGUGGGUCUAAUUUCAUGCAUCUUUUAAUGCUGUCUAGUUCAUAGACUUUCCCCUAGACUCAACUCCAGAAGUUUAUGCAAUUGAAAUACAGGAUUUUCAUACUUACCUUUCUAAGACUCUGAGUCCAUUAUUAUUUAAAUUCAUUUUUUCAGUUUCUUUUUCCCUCUCUCUGAAAGUUCAUGGCUAAGGUAAUUUUUUUUUGUCUACUUGGUUAAAUGGAGAGUACAUCCUUUCCAUGUAUUCAGCUAUUUUCCAGGCUGAAAUAAAUGUCUGGAGAAUCUCCUAAAAUCAUCUACAAAGGUCUUUAUUGAACUGUUCACAAUCAUUGUAUUUGAAUUCAGACUCCUCCUCUCAGAGAGAAGGCAUGAUACUGGCCCUAACCAGUUGCAGUUAGGGAUUUCAACAGUUACCUAAUUAACUGAAUUUGAAAUGUGUUAUCUGGGUAGUGAAAAAGCUCUUCUAUUUCUUUUCAAAAAGAAAAUGUCUUCUGAAACACAAAGAGACUAGAAUAA